GGCGAACACGCUGUAAGGCGUCGAAUGGGGGCACGUACGUCUUCUUCCUGUUUCGACUUCCGCUUUUACGCUUGCAAAGAGUCUCUCAACAGAGGCGCCACUUGCUCGGACAAACAUGACAAAAUGGACCCAUAAAGGCGUCGUUCAUGUGAUCGCUGUGAUUGGUAAUACAAUAAUCUGUUGGAACAACGGUUGAGUCACACUCGUUGAAUAUUCAUCGUCCGAAAACCGCAAGUGAUGGCGUCAUGGGCGAAUAUGGAUAGUUGAUGUGUUAACGCGUGACAAAUAGGCCACAUAACUUGAUAUUGCGCCAUGGCAUCUCCACUGAGGAGUCUGGUGUAUGAUGAUAGCAGGUACCAGAAGGCCUUCCAUCUUUUUCUGGAAUGCUCCUCGGAACAUCAGUGUAUGCAGGAUUUCAUCCACAAAAUCCUGCCAGAAAUAUUGGCCGGCAUCGGAGAUGGGAAGUCCCAUCUUAAUGUCAUCGGCGUUGGGAGCGGCGAUGGUCACAUUGACCUUGAGAUGUUCUCUGAGUUGCGUCUGAAGCACCCGGGGGUGACGGUGGACUAUCAGGUGGUGGAACCGAGCAGCCAGCAGCUUCAUAGCUACAAAGUUUUGCUAGCACAGAAGUCCGAUUUGGAUUACAUCACGUUUAACUGGAACAAGAUGACAUCCGCUGAGUUUGAGGACCAGUGGAAGUCAAAGCAGACGCCAAAGAAGGCCGACUUCAUUCACAUGAUCCAGAUGCUCUACUACGUCAAGGACGUGGAGGCGACCAUCAGAUUCUUCCAGAGUCUCCUUGACAAGCACGGGAAGCUUCUCAUCAUCCUGGUGUCUGGUGAAAGCGGCUGGGGGAAACUGUGGAAAACGUUCCGUACUCAGUUGUGUAUGUGCGAAAUAAGCCAGUGUGUGACCACUGCAGACGUCAAAAGCUUCCUGGACUCGGAAAAAUUGAAGUACAAGAGCUACGCGCUGCCUUCUCAAAUGGAUAUCACAGAGUGUUUCACAGAGGGAGAUGAGAAGGGAGAGCUGCUGCUUGAUUUCCUCACGGAAACGGAUCACUUCAGUCGCACGGCGUCACCGCAACUCAAGGCUGAUGUGUUGAAGCUCCUGCGAGACCCUGCUUGCUCACUGGAGUCCAAUGGGAGAGUUAUCUUCAAUAACACCCUGGAGGUUAUAAUUGUUGAUGCAACCACAUAGAAGGAACAAAAAAAAUUCCAAAAAUGAAUGAAAUACUGGCUUUAUGAAGCCAUCUAACAACAAUUGUUAAUCUGAAGGGAAGCCUCUUGGUUUGAUUUUUGUCCAAAUCUUUUUGUAUUAAUUUAAACUCUCCGAUUGUAAUAAUAACUGUGCAUAAUAUAUUUUGUGUGUGUAAAAUUGGAGUUGUAACUGUUUUAAUCAAUUUUCAAACUGUUCAUCACAUCAUUUACAGUAGAACCUGUAAAACGUUCCUGAAUGCUGGUCAACAAUGACCAUGUAAUGGAAAUGAUCCGUUGCAGGGUCAAGCAGUCACCAUCAUAAAAUGUUUAGUAUGUUUUUUUAAGUAACAUGCUAACAUUGUUAAUAUACCGUGCCAAUGUAAAAAGAAAACAAAUGUUACGCUCGCAUAGCUGUUUGAGUGACAGCGCGAACAUUAGUCACAUUUUAACAGCCACGUCAUGCUAGGUUAGCCACUAUGCUGGAGAAACGGGCUUUUCUUCUGUGAAGUGAUGAAACUGACAUAUUGGUAAACCUCACUCACUCACGCCUUAAAGGAAAACUGCACUAUUUUUUUUUUUAUAUAUAUGUUAUGCCCAUCAUCCUCAGUCCUUAUGUGAGACACACGCGUCUUUCUCUUUUGUGUGUUCUAAAUAGAGAAAACUAACAAAGCAGCUAACAAUGCAGGUAAAGGGAUUUACCAACAGAAACACUUCCAAAAACCCCCAACGUUUUAUAUACAUGAGGUGACCAUGUAGUACAGAUAACAGGUACAUUCAUGAUAACAUGCAAUACUUACAGUAUUUUGCCAUAUUUUGGUCAUUUUAAGCGUUAGAGGAACUUCGUUGGGUGCUGGGUGCAUUGAUUUCACAGAGCCCAUAGCAAUGAACGCUACUUCAGUCAACAACAGCAACAGAGAGCGCGUUUGCUGUCACUAAUCAUGGCAGACUGUGAGAGCAGAUGGAUACUACUUGCCGACUGAUGGGAUGGUGGUAUCUACCAGCACAAGACUCCCAGUUGAACUGGUAAAUUCGAUGCAAACUCAGGCGAUGCAGCAACUCCCAUUAGCUUACGUUACGUCUCGAUAGUGGUGUGAGGCGGUGUGUCACUGCGCCAGAAAAGUAGUUCUUCAGUGUUAGCUCCAGUAGUAACAAUUUUGCUGUAGCUUGGUUCAUAUGCAGGUCAAAUUAUGGAAAUCGAACAUUGUUGGUGGGUCCCAUGAUGUGCAUUGUUGGCUGCCUCAUGCUAGCUGUUUUUAUAUCUUUAGAACGCACAGAAAAGGGAAAGACGUGUGUUCAUGUUUCACAUAAGGACUUGUGGAUGAUGGGCAGAAUUUUACAAAAAAAGAAGACAUUGAGUUGGCAGCUAAGGCUUUCAACCCGCCGGCUAGCGCUCUCGACUUGCAUUCUGCAGACGGUGGUUCGAUUCCGGGUGGAAAUGUUUUGGUACAAUUAGGAAUUGUACAACAGCUUUAGAUUUCCACUGUAUUCAAUAAACAAAAACUAAGUUGUAACCAACAUUUUGAGAUUGUACUGUUAAACUCUUCAAUGACUGUUCAGAGCUUGUAUUAAUAUACAUCAAAUAAAUCUCUACUUUGAAUGAUC